AUGGCCUCAGGAAUCCUGGUGAACAUACAAGAGGAGGUGACCUGCCCUGUUUGCCUGGAGCUUCUGACAGAACCCCUGAGCCUUGACUGUGGUCACACCUUCUGUCAAGCCUGUAUCACUGUAAACAACAAGGAAUCCAUAAUUGGCCAAGAGGGGAACAGAAGCUGCCCUGUAUGCAGAGUUAGUUUUGAGCCUGGGAACCUGCGGCCUAACAGGCAGGUGGCCAAUAUAGUGCAGAGGCUCCAAGAGGUUAAGGGGAAACAAGAGGAAGAGCAGAAGAGAAAUCUCUGUGCUCACCAUGGAGAGAAACUCCAGCUCUUCUGUGAAGAGGAUAGGAAGGUCAUUUGUUGGCUUUGCGAGCGAUCUCAGGCGCACCGAGGUCAUGAGACGUUCCUCUUGGAGGAGGUUGCACCAAAGUACCAGAAAACGCUCCAAUUAUGUCUGCAGAGGCUGAAGGCAGAGAAACACGAAGCUGAGAAGUUGGAAAUUAAAGUCAGAGAAGAGAUGUCUACUUGGAAGACUCAAAUACAAAAUGAGAUGCAAAGUGUCCAGGAAAACUUUACAAGCCUAAGACAAAUCCUGGACAGUGAGGAGGUGAAAGAACUGAAAAAACUGAAGGAUGAGUUGGAAGUUAUUCUCAAAGAGCUGGCAGAAUCUGAGAAUGAUCUGGUCAAAAAGAAGCUGUUGGUGACCAAUCUCAUCUCAGAUGUGGAGCACCAUUUGCAAGGGUCAACAAUGGAGCUGCUGCAGCAAGCCAGUGGUUAUAGAGGGGAAAAAAAAAUCACAUUUGUGGGCAUCAAAUUUGUCUUCCCUAGGAGUGAAUCCUUGGCUCUGAAGAAGCCAAAAACUUUCCCCAAGGAACAGAGGAGAGUGUUUCGAGCUCCUGAUCUGAGAGAAAUACUGCGUGUGUUUAAUGAGCUGACAGAUGUGCAACGCUACUGGGUUCAGGUGACCCUGAAUUCUCCCAAGGGUGCAAAUGUUGUCAUUUCUCCGGAUCAGAGACAAGUGAGAUAUGUGUCCAAUCACCAAGUCUUUAAUACACUUCGGAAUCAUAAUUAUGAAAAUUUUGGUGUCCUGGGCUUCCCAGUUAUCACAUCAGGGAGACAUUACUGGGAGGUAGACGUGUCAGAGAAACGUGCCUGGAUCCUGGGGGUAUGUGGUGAAAACUGUGAAGAUAUCAUGAUGUCAUCAUUAAAAACCAGUGGAAAUUUUCAAAAGGUUUAUUCAGGAUAUCGAGCUCCAGGUUUCAGUUUUGCAAGUGAUUAUUCAGGCUAUAAACCUAACAAUGGCAGUAGUCAAGAUGUUUAUUCAAGAUAUCAACCUAAAAAUGGCUAUUGGGUCAUAGGGUUAAAGAGUGACUCUGUAUAUAAUGCCUUUGAUGAGUCUUCCUUCUCACAUCCUGUGAUUUUAACCCUCUCCCUGAGUGUUUCUCCCCAUCGUGUUGGGGUUUUCCUAGACUAUGAGGCUCGCACUGUCUUAUUUCUCAAUGUCACCAACCAUGGGUUUCCCAUUUAUAAAUUCUCUUCAUGUUCCUUUCCUCAGAGAACAUUUCCAUAUUUCCAUCCUAUGCAAUGUGAAGGGCCCAUGACUCUGUGUUCACCAACCUGUUGA